AUGUGGGGCUGCGUCACUGACUUCUUCACCUACGAGACCACCAAGUCUGUGGUGGUGAAGAGCUGGACUGUGGGCAUCAUCAACCGGGUCGUGCAGAUUUUCAUCUUCUCAUAUUUUGUCGGAUGGGUUUUCAUCCACGAGAAAGCUUAUCAGGUGACGGAAAACAGCGUCGAGUCCUCCGUGAUGACCAAAGUGAAAGGAUUUGGUUACCAUAACAACUAUGUUAUGGAUGUGGCUGACUAUGUCAUACCCCAACAGGGUGCAGCUAUCUUCUGCAUCUUGACCAAAGUCAUCAUCACAGAAAAUCAGUUUCAAGGAAAAUGUCCAGAGUAUAGUAAACAGUAUAGCUGUGUCGAAGAUGAAGACUGCGUCCAGCACAUUGACAAGAUCCUCAGCAAUGGAGUAAUAACAGGUGUUUGCCUAAAUUCGACCAUUGGAGAUAAGAUAGUGGGUCGGUGUGAGAGUGAAGGAUGGUGUCCAGCCGAGAAUGACCAUGUGGAAAUUACACCGUUGCUAGACGUGAUAAACUUCACCAUCUUCAUCAAAAACAGUGUUCGCUUUCCUCUCUUCGAUGUCACCAGAGGGAACUUUCUCUCCACAAUGAGUCGCGAGGAAAUCAUGAAAUGCAACUACCACCCGGUGGAUAGCCCCUUCUGCCCCAUCUUUAAAGUGGGAGACAUUCUGAACUACACCAACCAGGACCUGGCAACCCUGGCAAACAAGGGUGGAGAAAUAGGAAUAAACAUUCAGUGGAAGUGUAAUCUGGACUAUGACAUUGAAAACUGUGUACCGAGGUACUCGUUCACCCGACUGGACAAACCAUUUGAGAAGAAUGCCAUCUCCAAUGGCUACAACUUCAGAUUUGCCAAAUAUUACAUGACAGAAAAUGGAACUGAGUUCCGGACACUUCACAAAGCAUAUGCCAUCCGUUUUGAUGUUAUGGUCACUGGCAAAGCAGGAAAGUUUGACACAAUCCCAACGCUGAUCAACCUGGUUGCUGCCUUCACCUCUGUUGGACUGGGUACGGUUCUUUGUGACAUUAUCUUGCUGAACUGUUUGAAAGGGGCAAAGCAGUACAAAGCCAAGAAGUUUGAAGAGGUGUCGGACGCUCAGAUAGAAGCUUCCCUUGCUCAAAGUCCAGUAAGCCAGCUGUCACUCAAAGAAGGCAUCAAGAGCUCCUAUGACUCUGGAGCCAUUUCCCUCGCUACUUCUGACCACGCUAUGUGACUGACGACAACAACAGCAACUAUCUGAAGACUUUCCCCUCUCUUUCUCCUUUAUAAACAUAUUACAAAGGACUCAUUAUGCCUUUCUUUAGUAGGCUUGCAGUUUGAGUUUGAAAUGUUUAUGGAAUUGGGUUAAGAAGGACAAUGUUGCUAACAUCUGUGUCAUUUUGCAUCAUAAAAAGUCAGAAUAUAAUAAUGAUUGCCUUUACCUCAUAACAAUAACUUUAACUACCUGGAUGGCAAAACUCAAGCAAAAAUUCAAUAUGAAUGGCUUACUUUUAGAAUUUAGAAAAAGCUUGGUUAAAACUACAGCCAUUAAACUCAGAGGAAAACACACAGUAGUAAACAUGUUAUUUAAUUGUAAACAGUUUUGCUUUUACCAAACAUUUUACAGCUACACUUAAAUGCAAAAUGAUUAAACACACUUCACAUUUAUUGCUGGCAUUGUUUGUAUGAGCUUUUAUUUGAAAAACACAUUUGUCACAAAAUAAAAUCAGUACUGAAAAUAAACAAACAAAAAUGUGUA